AUGGACCCAAAAAUACAUAAUUGUUUGAAGGUUUGGCGAGGUUGCAAGCUCCGCGUGAUCGGCAUCGCCCAGGAGACGGACAACAACGUGAAAAUGCAGGAAGAUCUUCAGAAGUACGUCUACCAACUGAGAAUCGACGCCAAGAUUAUGGUUGGAAAAGGAGGAAGUCCUGAAAAAAUGAAUUUGGUUGAAGAUUGUCGAACUGGCGGAUCCGGAGAUCUCGAAAGAACGCCUUCGAGAGGACUCUUCUCAUGGAGGAAAGGACGAUGAUGAUGCGGGAUCUGCAGAACGCCAGGACGGCCGCCGCUGGCGGCACCGGACUCUCCUUGUCCCUGCCCCCGGCGACGAACGCCAGAGCCGUUUCGGUUUGUAUCUUGGGUUGCAUUUGGAAUGGAUUAAGUGUUGAGAAAGUCACUGCGUUCCCAAACGGUUUGGGGAGACGUCAAAAAAAAUUUGGCGCGAAAAUUUAAAUCUCAAGUACGCAGCCAAAGGCGUUCGAACAAACCAGUUGUUAACGUUUGAUACUCAAUGCAUUUUAUCCUAAGCACGCACUUACUUUUUUUGGAAAAUCAGAAACUUUGACGUCUCGCUCACCUUCCCUCACCCCAUUAGGAAUGCCGUGAAAGGGGGGAUGUUAGACUUAAAAACCAUCCAUAUUUAAAAAAAAACGCUUUCUUCUAGCGGGUUUGCUUUUUAGAACCGGGCUUUUUUGAGGACCGUCAGACCCGGCUUGGCCCUCAAGAGGCCUAAAUAAUAAAACGCAAGGUUGAAAAGUUUUAGCGCACAGUUUUUUUUGAUUAUUUCUCAAGCCAGAGAACUCGGGCAAAGUCGGAAUGGUGGAUAAUGGCCGCUAAAAGUAAGAGGCUCCAAAAAGGCCACAGAAAGGCUGCAGAAAGGCAGCAAAAAGAGUCCAUUUAUCGAGUCUUCCAUUUUUUCUGGGAUUUCACAGACCCAAGAAAUGUUGGAAAAGGGAGAGGCAGCAAAAAUGGUGCAUAAAAGUCGAUGAAAUGGCACAAAAAGGCAGAAAAAAGUGCCUUUUUUGACCCUUCCGACUUUUCCUAUGAAGCAACUUUCUCGUUACCUUUUCAGUAAUAAUAUAACGAAAUUUCACAUCCUUCCUUCAUUCAAUCAACUUGUUUAGCCGCUAGUAACAGCUGAGAAGAAGGAGAAAGAAAAGAAGGAAGAAGAAGAACGACGAGCGACGACGGAAAGCGAGGAGAGCGCAGAGGGCGAUGGUUUUCUAUCUUCAUACCUUUUUAGAAAGACUUUGGAAAUUAAGACAAAAACGAGGAUAAGAAGGACGACGCGGCGCCCAAAACGAAGAAGGAACGGAUGAAGGCGUUGGAUAAGCAGAAGGUACAGGGAAAAAUGAUUGAACUCAAAAAAUCGAGUAUUGAAAAAAAGCUUCUGAAAAUUUGUCUUUCAAAAAUAGAGUUUUUUUUGGGAAUUUUGAUUCCUUGAUUUUCGAAGUCGAGGUAAAAUAUAGUCCGUUUUUUGCGACUCGAAAGGACUGGACUUCUCUGCGACCUCAUUAUCUGUCGGCGUCUCUCUCAUGUUUGCGUGCUAUUUCGAUGUUUCUCUGACCUCGCAAGUGAUGGAACAGAGAGACGCAGACACGCGAAAACUGUUAAGUCGCGCUGGACGGAUUAUAAAGUUUGAGUGAAAUCAACAACGUUUUUAUGAGGUAUAAGAAUGAUAAUUAAAUUUUUUCGCUUCUAUCAAUAUUCAUUUUUUUUUGUCAUCGACCAGGUGGUGAAUAAGACAUCCAGGACUAUGAAAACAUUUUAAAAAAACCUGUUCAUUAAUUUCGAAUCAUCAGAUUGGUUGAAUACAGGUGUUCAAAAUGCACACGGCGGUGCGGCUGAACGAACUUUUGCUGCAACAUUCGGCCAACAGCCAGCUGGUGUUGCUCAACUUGCCCAAACCGCCUCUUCACAAAGAUCGUGAGUUUAAAGAAAUGUGGAAAAAAAGUUUCUCUUUUUUAAUUUUAAGGCUUUUUGGUAAUUGAAUUCGAAAUUCGUUUUUGGACAUACGUCUGAUAAAGAUAAGGGGUAACUUGAAAAAAAAAAAAAAAAACUGAGCGAUUUCUAAAAUUUUUUUUUCAUGUUUGAAAAAAAUGAUUUUUUUGUUCUAUUUUUUUUGGACUGAGCCUUCAUUUUUCACUGUUGAUCAAGUUUUUGGUGACAAUUUUCGUUUCAAAAAAUCCCGGAUUAAUGUGGCCACUUUAGGGUUUGAACGGUUAAGUGGCCACUUUAGUAGUCGUAUUAGUAGCCACUAUAAAGAGAACUCCUAUAGUGACCCCUAAGAAGCGAAAUUGUGGCUACUAUAGAUUUUAGUGAUCACCUUAGUUGCCUCUCUAAGUAGUCCUUGAGGAACUUCUUAAGUGGCCACUUAAUUCUAAUUGGAAGUUCAUUCGAUUUGUUCACUUCUGAGAAGUCUAAUACGGAUUUAUGAACAACAUGAUGUCAAUAAAACUCAAGAUCUGUCCCUUUUUUACAAAGUAGAUUGAUGAUUUUGCAGGCGACGCCCUAGACGACUACGUUCACUACCUGGAAGUGAUGACCGACAAGAUCAACCGGGUGAUUUUCGUCCGCGGGACGGGCAAAGAGGUCAUCACCGAGCAUUCCUAG